AUGGCGGCAUGUCACAUCAAUGUGCUCCCAACAGAGCUACUUCAAUCAAUAUUUAUCGAGUUUUGGCGAUCCGAGAGUGGAUCCCCUACAGAACUCUUGUCAGUCUGUCGACAUUGGGAAGCAAUUGCCCUCAACACCAAACUACUUUGGACCAAGAUUCGCUUCGGAGUUGACAAUAGAAAGAAUCCCUCUCCAUCUUAUGUAACCUGUGUUAACGCCGACGAGCUCUUUCACAGGUUACUUUCCAUUGAAGGGAUGAAGUUCGAUUUCUGCGCGGCUGUGGUAUCAAGGAGGAGCCUCAAAGAUUCUCUGUGUCACUCAACUCGGAGCCAGUUCCGCAAUUGCAGGUCUUUCCAGGUGACUAGACAUAGCACCAAUAAAGUGCUGCGCCUCCUUACCGAUGUGUCCUCCUUGGAAGAGCUGAAGCUGGAGUACGUCGACUACGACGAGGUACACAGGCUGUUCGAGAGAUUAGAUAAGCCAGAAGCGCGCCUCAAAUCCCUUCAUUUUGAAGGGUAUCUCAGCGGAGAUUGGUGGCAAUUCAACACAAUGUUUAGUCGGCUACAGGAACUCUCCCUCACAAACUAUUCAAUUCAGCCUAAAUGGGCAGGACAGCGUCUCUUUAACAGUUUAAAGGCUUUGAAUAAGCUAGAGUUUAACAACUCUGGAGGUUUCUACAACUUUCGUGAUGUUUUCGAAGAGCGGCUUGACGUCGCCUCCCCGACAUUACAAACGCUCCUGAUUUCUGGUGCAUGGCAUAGCCUCGAGGAGAUAGUUGCACCAAAUUUAGAUAUUCUCGCUCUUGAAUACGGCAACUAUAAUUCGGAUCUCGGUCUAAUGUUCCUUGCCGCAACACAGCUCCGCCCGCGGAUUAUCUGCGCCCAAGAACUCAACCAGACAGGUCUAUUUCUUUUCAUCAUCGAUACCUUCGGUGACACGGCACUAGAAAUUCGACUUGGAUCUAGCGUCGGCCCUCCUCUGGACAUCGUCAGGAGUAGAAUGGAGAAGAUGACAAAUAUGGGCAAGAUUGUACGAUGGAAUGGUAUCAUCUUACCUUGA